AUGGCUCUGGCCUGGAGCGCUCCCCAAGGGAUGGCUCUGGCCUGGAGCGCUCCCCAAGGGAUGGCUCUGGCCUGGAGCGCUCCCCAAGGGAUGGUUCUGGCCUGGAGCGCUCCUCAAGGGAUGGAGCGCUCCCCAAGGGAUGGCUCUGGCCUGGAGCGCUCCCCAAGGGAUGGCUCUGGCCUGGAGCGCUCCCCAAGGGAUGGCUCUGGCCUGGAGCGCUCCCCAAGGGAUGGCUCUGGCCUGGAGCGCUCCCCAAGGGAUGGCUCUGGCCUGGAGCGCUCCCCAAGGGAUGGCUCUGGCCUGGAGCGCUCCCCAAGGGAUGGCUCUGGCCUGGAGCGCUCCCCAAGGGAUGGCUCUGGCCUGGAGCGCUCCCCAAGGGAUGGCUCUGGCCUGGAGCGCUCCCCAAGGGAUGGCUCUGGCCUGGAGCGCUCCCCAAGGGAUGGCUCUGGCCUGGAGCGCUCCCCAAGGGAUGGCUCUGGCCUGGAGCGCUCCCCAAGGGAUGGCUCUGGCCUGGAGCGCUCCCCAAGGGAUGGCUCUGGCCUGGAGCGCUCCCCAAGGGAUGGCUCUGGCCUGGAGCGCUCCCCAAGGGAUGGCUCUGGCCUGGAGCGCUCCCCAAGGGAUGGCUCUGGCCUGGAGCGCUCCCCAAGGGAUGGCUCUGGCAUGGUGUGA